ACGUACGCGACUUACGUUUUCAAAAUGGCGACGGACAAAACUGGGCGUGUUUCCUUCCUCUUCUGCUGCUUAUUCGGAGACCGUACGGCACGUCAUCAGAACGAGAGCAAAAAGAAGCAGCCACAGCCGUCGUUAUCAUCAGCUUCGUCGGUCCUAAACGUGAAGAAACAGGUGGCGAAGCUGAGCUCAUUCCGAGGCCGGGUUAGGAUUUCGGAUCUUAGCAACCCGGACUCGUUGCCAGCUGGGUCAUGCGGCCUCCACGUCUUCACCCCUUGCCGAGCUUCGGUUCAUCACGCGGGGCUUCUCCGACAGCAACUUCCUCGGCGAAGGCGGUUUCGGCCCGGUCCACAUUCCACAAGGGCUUCGUCGACGACAAGCUCCGGCCAGGCGUCUUGAAGGCCCAGCCGGUUGCCGUCAAGCUCCUCGAUCUCGACGGCCUCCAGGGCCACCGUGAGUGGUUGACCGAGAUUAUAUUUCUGGGUCAGCUGAGUCACCCGCAUCUCGUGAAGCUGAUUGGCUACUGCCGCGAAGAGGAGCAUCGGCUCUUGGUCUACCAGUACAUGCCAUGUGGCAGCCUCGAGAAUCAUCUCUUCACACAAGGUCAUGGGGCGUCGCUUCAGUGGUCAACGAGGAUGAAGAUAGCGCUGGGAGCUGCCAAGGGACUCCAAUUUCUUCACGAUUCCCAGAAGCCGGUGAUCUACCGGGAUUUCAAAGCUUCCAACAUACUCUUGGACUCCGAUUAUACUGCGAAACUAUCCGAUUUUGGGUUGGCGAAAGACGGGCCGGAAGGACCCGAAAGCCAUGUCUCGACCAGAGUCAUGGGCACUCCUGGCUACGCUGCGCCGGAGUACAUCAUGACGGGCCACCUGACGUCGAGGAGUGACGUGUACAGUUUCGGGGUGGUGUUGCUAGAACUGCUAACGGGGAGGAGAUCUGUGGACAAGGCUCGGCCGCAGAGAGAGCAGAACCUGGUGGCGUGGGCUAGGCCCAUAUUGAGCAGCCCGAGGAGAAUGAGCAGGAUCAUGGACCCGAGGCUCGAUGGUCAGUACUCGGAAACUGGGGCGAGGAAGGCGGCGACAUUGGCCUACCGGUGCCUCAGUCUCCGACCCCGUCAUAGGCCCAAGAUGAGCUACGUGGUCAGGACUUUGGAGCCGCUCAAGGACUACAAGGAUUUCGCUAUGGGUACCUUCAUCUACGAGGCCCAAAAUUAGAGAAGCGAAGGUGGUCAUUAAUAAAGUUGGCGAAUGUGUUGUUAGUGAGUGGUAUAAGAUUUAUUAUUGAACUUCUUCCAACAACUCGAGUUAUUGGGACCAUCUGAUUCUUCACAUGAUAUCAGAGCCUGUUGUGGCCGGGAGGUCUUGUGUUUGAAUCCCGGUGACCGCAUUAGUGAAGCACAAGUAUUCUCGUGUUCAGGACAUGUGCAAACGAAAGCCCUUAUCACCCCAUUUGUGAGUUGGCUGACUUUCGUUUGGGGGGGGGGGGUGUUAAUAAGAGAUAU